AUGGCGACGUCCGGGAAUAUGACGUCACGUGCAACCGCUCUAUUAACUCUCAUAAUGGAGACGCAGUUGAUGACGGAAUAUGCAGCAAAACCUCCCAAGAAAUCGAAGAAUGCGUUGAGUCGAGGUGAAGUGGUGACUGAAAGCGCAAGAGACAGUCAAAGUUUGUCCUCUGACAGAAACGACUUGAGACGAUACACUGACCAAGAAAUAAGUCGUCUAUCGGAGGAUGAGAAGUAUCAGUUGAUCAAGACGGUUUUCAGGCCUAUCGCUGACUACGAGUUUCCUAGUCAAGAAGAGUACGGGAAAAAUCGAUCAUUCCAACCGUCGUGGCUUCAAAGAUUUGAAUGGCUAACGUAUUCCAAGUCAUUGAACGGCGGGUUUUGUGUCUCCUGUGUACCUUUUGCAAAAGGAGACCCUUCAGGAGACCCACGUGGUGGCUACAGAGAGUAUGGCAGCGUUUAUGAGACAAACGGAAAAUUUGAACUGUCAGUUGGACAACUACUGUCGAGUGAAGCAAGAUCAAAUGUUCAGAAAAAUCGCACCAUUCUGAAGUCAAUCGUGAACACCCUUAUCCUGUGUGGCAAGCAAAACAUUGCACUGAGAGGACACGGGGAUGCUGACAGAGGCGGUAAUCAGGGAAACUUCCAUCCUCUACUGAAAUUCCGUCUUCACGCAGGUGACACCACUUUAGAAUCCCAUUUUAAGACUGCAGACAGAAAUGCCCAGUACACUUCACCAACUAUCCAGAACGACCAACUUGUAUGUAUUGGACAGUGGAUUAGAAAUCGAAUUGUAGAGGAAGUUUUGGAGUCAAAAUUUUUCUCUGUUUGUGCCGAUGAAGCUGCAGAUACUGCCAACAGAGAGCAAAUGGCCCUUAUUGGCUAUGACGGAGCGGGAAAUGUAGCAGGCAUCCGUGAAGGGGCUGCAGCUCAUAUUACUGCCAUAUAUCCAAUAGCUUUAUACUGCCACUGCGCAGCUCAUGUUCUCAAUCUAUGUGUUGUUGCAACUUGCAAAAUCCAAGCUGUAAACAAGAUGAUGACCACAAUCAAAGAAAUCAAUUUGUUCUUCUCUCACUCACCUAAGAGGCAGCAAGAAUUAGAUUACCACAUUGCCAAAAUGGAAGAUGUCGGAUCAAACAGGAGAAAGCUGGUGGAUUUGUGCCGAACACGGUGGGUUGCGCGAAUUGAAGCAUUUGAAAUCUUUGACUGGCUGUUUCCAGCAGUUGUGAACACGUUGGAAGAAGUCAGUCAGGGUAUUAGAAAUGGCUGGAAUAAGGAUUCAGCUGUGCAAGCAGAGGGACUGCUGGAUAACAUUACAAAAUUUGAAUUCAUAAUAGCAUUUGUGGUAGUGAAGAAGACGCUUGGCUAUGUGAAAGACCUCACUCUGUCACUGCAGCAGCGAGCAUCUGAUAUUUGCAAAGCUUACAGUGAGAUUAAUAAUGUAAGGACUUCCUUUUUGCAGGUACGAAGAAGUAUUGAUCUUGUCCAUUUAGCAAGAUACAAAACAGCUGUCAGUAUUGGAAAGGCAGUAGGUGCAUCUGACCCUGCUAUCUCUCGACGUUGCCAGAAACAGAAGAACAGAGACAAUGUACCUGGUGAGUCUCCUGAGGUCUAUUUCCGCAGAUCAAUAGGGGUACCAUUCCUUGAUGUACUAAUUAAUCAUCUAGAUGUCCGUUUUGGAGCCACUCAGACCAAGGUUUUGGAAGACUUGAGGAGAAUUCUGCCAAGCUCUGUGAUCAAGUUUAGCAACGACACGAGGCUGGCUACCCCUUUGGAUGUGAGUUUCACUACCAACUGGAUUGACGAUAUGUGUUUCUUGGAAGAUCUCCCUUCGCCUAACGAUUUGCUACAAGAAAUACACAAUUGGACAAACAGGUGGAUGAGACAUGAAAGCCCUUUACCAGACAACCCAGCAGAUGCUCUUCAUUAUGCUCACACAACGUUGUAUCCGAACAUCAACCGUCUUCUUCGAAUAUUCUGCACGUUGCCUGUGACUACCUCUGAGUGUGAAAGGACUGUAUCAGUGCUUAUACGUCUCAAAACAUACCUCAGGUCCACCAUGAGACAGGACAGGUUGAGCAGUCUAGCUCUUCUUCACAUAGAUUACUCAAUGGUAAUUGAUGUUGAUGAAGUCAUUGACAUGUUUGCCCUUAAACAUCCAAAAAGGAUGAUAUUGAGAAAUAUUAUAGCAUAA